AAACAUCGAUUGUUUUUGCUAUCGGCCAAAGGUAAUCUGGCCAAGUCAAAUUAACCAGGUGGACAGACACAGACGCCGACGCCGAGCAGACGGACGAGCAGCGCCAACGCGACCCACCAGUUGCUCCAGCCGAAGCCGAACCAUCCAACCAGUGCCAGCUGUGCGCCACCUCUUCCUCCCCCCGCUCCACGUGUCCAGGUGAAAGCGAUAUCCAAAUCAGAAUCGGACUCCAAGAUGCGGACGCAGGGACUGCUCCUGGCGCUUCUGGCCAUCCUGCCCACCAUGGCCCUCGGACUGCUGGAGGGCCUGUACUGCGGCAAGGACAACUGCUACGAUGUGCUGGGGGUCACCAGGGAGUCGUCCAAGUCGGAGAUCGGCAAGGCAUACCGCCAGCUGGCCAGGCGCUACCAUCCGGAUCUGCAUCGCGGCGCCGAGGCCAAGGCGACGGCAGAGACGCAGUUCAAGCUGGUGGCCACCGCCUACGAGAUCCUGCGCGACGAGGAAUCGCGCACGGACUACGACUACAUGCUGGACAAUCCGGAUGCGUACUAUGCGCAUUACUACCGCUACUACCGGCGACGCGUGGCGCCCAAGGUGGAUGUGCGCGUGGUGAUUGUCGUCGUGCUGACCAUCGUCUCCGUGAUCCAGUACUAUUCCGGCUGGCAGCGCUACGACUCGGCCAUCAAGUACUUCGCCACGGUGCCCAAGUACAGGAAUCAGGCGCUGGACAUUGCCCGCGACGAGAUCCAGGAGCGGAUCCAAAAGAAGGGCAAGAACCGGAUGUCCAAGAACGAUCAGCGCGAGGAGCUGGAGCGGAUCAUCAGGCGGGUGAUCGAGGAGAAGAUGGACGUGAAGGGCGGCUACGCGAAGCCGACGGUGUGGGAUGUGCUGUGGGUGCAGCUGAUCAUCUGCCCGUACACGAUACUGUCGUUCAUCGUGUGGCAUGCCCAGUGGUUCUGGCGCUACACGGUGAUGAAGCAGCCGUACGGCCGGGAGCAGAAGCUGCACCUGAUCCGCCGGCACUUGGGCAUGGGCCAGCAUCAGUUCGAGGCGCAGGAGGACAAGCUGAUCGAGGAGUACCUGCAUCUGGAGCUGUGGAAGCGCGACAAUUUCGACGCCUGGAAGGCGGAACAGGACGAGGAGAUGAAGAAGAAGCUGGCGGAGAAUCCGCGGUACAAGGCCUACAGGCGCUACAUGAAGAACCACGGACCCGGUCGCAUCACCUUCGAGGAUUAGCCGCCGGAGCGAUGUUCAAGUUUUAUUGUUCCAUCUAAAGAAGAGUCUGUUGUGUGCGUGUGAUCCUAAUACCCCUUUCCCCCUUAUGGACUAAAUUUUGAUAUAUUAUAUAUAUACAUUUAUAUAGAUAUUUUUUGUACACCGACUAAAAUAUGAAUUAUGUUAAUGCCCCGGUGUCCGCCGAAGGGCGAAACGUUGACCCCGCCGGAGUGAUCCGCCAAAACCGGUUCAAGAACGUGGCCAAGUUCGGUUCCCCAGUCUCGUUGCCACAGUGGCCGCUGGCUAGCGUGGACGAGCCGCCCUAGAACAAUUGCCCCUCCCCCCUCCCCCAAUCCUUCCUGGUCACAAAAUGUCCAACUAACUUGACUAACCCGAGUAAUGUAAUAAACUAGAUAGAAUUUAAA